CUUAGAGAGAAGGGGGCGAGAGUCUCCUAAGCUCCAGAAGCGGAGCUCGCUAUUCACCGAAGCGGUUUGCGCCGCCGCCGUGACGUCAAUGCCAUAGGGCGCCCGUGGGCUUUACGCCGCUAGCGCAAAGGCGUUGCUCUUUGCCUGCUGGGGAGGAGAGGGACAGAAAGAGGCUUAAAGAGACAACAGCGAGCCAUGGAGGGUCUGGAGGGGAAACGACCUUUGGGUCCCCACCCUUGAAGAGCCCGGACGGGGGAAAAGAAGCUCAGGUCUUUCUAGAUCUGAAAUUGAAAGCGUGUGAAAUCCUUUGCCAAAGGAACUACAGACCAGGAAAUACACAAGGUUCCCCUCACCCCCGCUUUCUCUGCAAAGAAUGCUAAAGCUUGAAAACGAAGAAUCGCCCUGGAAAGUCUGCUUUUGCGCCAUGUCGUCUUCACCAAGGAGCAUCCGACAGGAGGUGCUGCUGACUGGAGUCCUGGCGGACCAGGCCAGAGGACAGCCGUUCCACUAGCCCAGCACAUGUGGGUGGAGACGUCUCCUCUCACACCCUCCCCUCCUACAUCUCCGGCAUCCGCGAUGGUUUAUUAACCAAGAAGAGCCCUGCUUUUUUAAUUCCUCCUCCGUCUUUUCUCCCCUUCCCCCUCCCCUCCCCCGACCCCCCCCCUCCCAGCCACUCCUCAAGUUUUGGCCGUGUUGGGAUUUGUAUGGCAGUGGUGUAACCGUGGAGAGGCCAGGGUAUCACAAACUUAUGGAUUUUGAUAAGAGAGGAGGGAAAGGGGAAAACGAGGAGAGUAGAAGAAUGUCUAAAACGGGUGGAAGCCGAAGCACUCAUGGGAGCCGGACAGCAGGGACCAACUCCGGAGUCUUAAUGGUGGGGCCGAAUUUUCGCGUUGGGAAGAAGAUUGGAUGCGGCAACUUUGGGGAACUUCGGCUAGGGAAGAACCUCUACACAAAUGAAUAUGUAGCAAUCAAGUUGGAACCUAUCAAAUCCAGAGCUCCUCAGCUGCAUUUGGAAUACCGAUUCUAUAAACAGCUUGGCAAUUCAGAAGGAAUCCCUCAGGUCUACUACUUUGGGCCAUGUGGAAAGUACAACGCCAUGGUCUUGGAGCUGCUGGGCCCAAGCCUAGAAGACCUCUUUGACUUGUGUGACCGGACAUUCACUCUCAAGACCGUUCUUAUGAUUGCCAUCCAACUGAUUACAAGGAUGGAGUACGUUCACACGAAAAGCUUGAUCUACAGAGAUGUAAAGCCAGAAAACUUCCUGGUGGGAAGGCCCGGAAGCAAGCGCCAACACACCAUCCACAUAAUUGACUUUGGCUUGGCCAAGGAGUACAUUGACCCAGAGACCAAAAAACAUAUCCCCUACCGAGAGCACAAGAGUCUGACGGGGACGGCGCGGUACAUGAGCAUCAAUACUCACCUGGGGAAAGAACAAAGCCGAAGAGAUGACCUGGAAGCACUUGGUCACAUGUUCAUGUACUUCCUCCGGGGAAGUCUGCCAUGGCAAGGCCUCAAGGCGGACACCCUGAAAGAGCGGUACCAGAAGAUUGGCGAUACCAAGAGAGCCACACCUGUUGAAGUGCUAUGUGAAAACUUCCCCGAGGAGAUGGCCACAUAUCUCCGCUACGUGCGACGUCUGGACUUCUUUGAAAAGCCAGAUUAUGACUAUCUACGGAAACUUUUCACUGACCUGUUUGACCGGAAUGGCUACGUCUUUGAUUAUGAAUAUGACUGGGCUGGGAAACCUUUACCAACACCUAUUGGCACAAUCCAGAGUGACGUACAAGUCCAGCCUCCAAACAGGGAGAAAGCACAGCAGUACAUCAAACAGCAGGUCAUGAGUUCUACCAAUGGGGAGUUGAACACGGAUGACCCCACUGCCGGCCACUCAAACGCCCCCAUCACCGCACCUGCCGAGGUUGAGGUGGUAGACGACACAAAGUGCUGCUGUUUCUUUAAGAGGAGGAAGAGGAAAACAAUCCAGCGCCACAAGUGAAAUAUUCCUAUUGGUCGAAGCCAGGAUCCUCUCGGGACUGCGUUUCCCCCACUCUCCUCUUGACUUCCUGGCUGAGGAUAAUGGAUCUUGAUGGAAUAGGAGGGGGCACUGUUUCCCCCACCUGCUCUCCCACUCCAGUUUUAUUGGUGGGUAGGGACAUAGGCGGCUUUGACUGUCCUAGCUGGCACCUGGGGGGGUAGGGGCUUCCCCCGGUCCAUUUUUUUUCCUUUUCCCUUAUUCCCAGGAGAUGCAAAUGGAGGGUUAGGGCAGGCACUGGCAGAAAAAGCACGUUGGACUUCUUGCUCAAAUAUCCUCCCUCUUCCUCCUGGUCCACAGAGAGAGAAAAAACAGCAUUAAUAUUUAUGCAGCAAUUCUCCUUCCCUUCCAUUUGUCAGUUUAUUUGUCCUCCACCCCUCUUUGGAGCUCCUCAAAUAAGCUUUUGGAACAAAACAAAACAAAAAAACAGAAAAUGGGAAUCAAUUCUACUUGUUUACCUUUAGAAGAAGCAAAGUGAUGAUUCUGAGAACAGCCCUGCACGUAUUUCUUCUUCUUUUUCUCUGUUGUUUGCUUCAGUCUCUCUUAAGUUAAUUUAAAAAUGGCGAUCUUUGGCCUUCAUGCCACAGCAUCUCUCUCACCCCUACGCCUUUCCUGUCAUAGCGAUGCAAAUGAUUUUGCUUAUUAUUUUUUUUGUUCUGCUUUGAGUUUUAAAGAUGUCCCCUUGUUCCCGCCCCCCAUGUCUCCUUGGUUUCCUUCCCCCCCUCCCACCCCGUUUAUUUUCCCCAGCCCUGCCAAAUUACUCUUUGGUGACAUCCUUUAGGGAAGUGUUGUCCCCAUACCCCAAAUAACAUGAGAGGCAAAAAUAAUUGUAUCGUGCAGGGGGAGAGGGAGGCUGGGGAAUAAUUCACACACUUCCUCAUUUCUCAGUGCACUUUUUUUUGUAGCAAUACCAGCAACAUCUGUGUCUUGAAAAUGAUCCAAUUUUAGAUAUUUUUUUAAAAUGUUAAUUAAGUUCUACCCACUCCCAGGUGGGAGAGAAUUAAAGGGCAAAAGUCUUGGAUCUCAGGAACGGCAGCCUGCCAAACAUAAACCCCAAAGCCAACGUCCAUUGUUAUAGAGAACUGUGGAGACGAAGGGGACCUUUUCAUGACCAAAGUGAAACCGACAUGGACAGGAUCACUAGGUGAGAUCGUUCCAUAUGGUGGCCCUCACAGCACCUGGGUACUUGCCAAUUUCAUUUGAAAUUAAAUAGGUGGAAGCAAACUUCCAUUUGGGUGGAGAGAAGGAGGCCCACUGAUGAAGCGUUGUGCAAGGACAAUCCACUCUUUGUUGUUUUGGUCUGUUCUUUCUCAAAAACCCAAACAGCUGUCUGUAUUUGCAGCUUCCCAUUUGGGUGAUGGCUUGCAAUCGGCUCCUGCAGAACCACCGAUAUAGGACUGUUUUAUUAGUACGGAAAUGAGCAAAAGGCUUUGCAGGCCUGUUACGAAAAACAUCGAAGCCAUGCCAAAAAUCUACCUUGCCAGGGAAGGGAGAUGGCUUUAGAAUGAGGCCCGCGUAUGGUCUGGCUUUUAUCCCUUUGUAUUCCACAUCACUAGCUUACACGUCUACCCCGGCCAUAGACAAAGUGGUGCCUGGGUACGCUGCGGCCCAUAUGCCUGGAUUGAACGUACACGCUUCUCCCUUCCAGUUGACCAAGUCAAAAACGAAACAGCUGGUCUGCGGCCAUCAAAGCUACACCUGUCUGAGCUGCUUCAUAGCAUUGUGACAAUAGCAGUGCAGCUUCGUUACUUCUUUAGAUAUAUUUUUAUACCAAGGGAUGAGACAAUUGGCCCUGUGUUGCUCCAAAAUAUUCUGUCUUUCACUCCGUGUGGUAAUUACAGCACUUGGAAUGUCGGGAUGUGGCCUGCUGGGGAAAUGGUGGCAGGGUUAGUACUGGGGGUGGGGGUGGGGGAAUAUAUACUUUGGUCUCUGCUAAACUAAAGAGCAUUCUUGGAUGAGUGGGUUACUGCUACAGACCAAAGGAGUGCAACUUUAAAAAUUCGCCACACACCUCAUCAUUAGUGCUAAAUCAUAUCUAUUGGACUUCAUUCACCCCCUCCUAAUUAUGAGAGGGUUACUGCCUCCUCACCUUAUAGCCUUGAAGAUGUUCACUUUCUAGAACUAGAUUUAAACCUCCCCCCCACCUCCCACCCCAAUUUGGGUUUUAAGAUUUGAACCCCUUCCUUUCGGGGUUGCGUAAUCGAUAGCAAUCCUGCAGAUGACUGAAAGGAAUGGAGUGGGUGCGGAACCUCCCAGCCCAACCGUUUAUUGCGAAAGCUGGCACUUAAUUCUUUGUGCUUUUUUUCAAGGUGGAUAUGAAUUUCUUUGCCCUAUUUGAAUGAAUGUUUUUGUGGCCAUUUGAAAUAGAUUUUAAAAAAAAGGAAAGCAGGGACUUAAACUCAGAACAUGAUCUCACUUUAUUGAUCUUAGUUUAUAAACUUUGUUAACAAGCAGUGCCUCUGCCAUGCUAGAAUCACAAGAAUACAGGAGGUCCUAGGGAAAAUUCUUGAUUUGGGCAACUUCCAUUAAAAUAGGAUUGCUUAGAUAUGUGCAGCGUUUGAGUUUGAUUCCCAAACAAUGCAAAGAGAAAAACAGAAUACAGCCUUAAGCAUUGUGCUGGAAAAAAAAUUAUAUAGUUCCAAUCCCAGGAAGGUGUAAAAGAAAUUUUUAAAAAAUUAAAAUGUUUAUGUAGAGUGCAUGAGUGUGCUUGGACUACCAGUUGCAAUGUGGAUUAUUCAUUUUUUUCUUUUUUUUUUCUUUUUGAAUGUGACAAAGUUUUAAGGGACAACUCAAAUGAUAGAAAACAAAAAAAAAAUCAAUGAGGGUUGUAGUUGGCCUUCCAAGCUCUCUGGUCUUAUCAGGUGUAUGUUUUGGCCCAUGUUGUCUGAUUUGCAUCAAAAUGAAUUUUGCAGACUUAAUUGUGUGGUUGUUUUGUUUUUUUAAUUAUGUAACAAAAGAAAAAGGUAAUUUCAAGUCUGAAUAGAAAUGAGAUUUGUACUGGUGUAGCUCCAAAGCAGAAGAGAGAUUGUGGCAUUGCAAAUUUAGUUACUGCUUUAAAAAAAAAGUGUACACAGGUUAUGGUGUAUAAGUUUCUCUUGAAGCUUCUUUGAAGCCAUAGAAGUUAGGGCUUUUUAAAAAAAUAAAA